UAGCGCCAACCGUCAACGUCAAAUUGACAGCUGAGUGCGGCCAUAAAAUAUGGUUAUGUUGUGACGCUUCAAUGUUUCGUUGAUAAAUUGUGUUGUCUGAAUUAAUUCUUCCCAUUUGUGGCUUCGAGACAAUGCCUCAAAGCCCCAAAAAGCCGGCCCCAAAAUGGCACCACCCGUCCGAAGUCAUGAAAUUGCACAAAUUGAAAAUGAAGAAGAAGGCCCUUCAGGCGCGCAUUGCGGGGGGCACUCUCAACACAUCGCUCUCCGACGCCCAGGACAACAAAAACGCAGCUUUAGAAGACAUCAUUUCGGCCAAAAAACGCAAAAACCCGUUUGUGAAAACCAGCGAAAGCAAAAAAUGCAAGCAAGAUGUUCCCUCUAGUCUUGACGAGUCAACUGAUCAGACGUUAUUCAAGCUCUUGCAUCAAAGUACUCCAAGUACGACGUGCAAUUUGACCUCAUUCGAGAAUAUUUUAAAGAAAGAAAUCGAGCCUGAAGUGGUGGUUGUGAAGGCACAGGGCCAGAACGAUAUUCCCAUUGACUGGACUUUAAAAACCAAGAUACGUUUAUGGUCAGAACAGCAAUUUUCCUGGAGCCAGAAAUUAAAAAUCAGUGAAGAAGCAUCGGGGACAACAGGAUUUGUUCGUUGUUUGGACCAAAACACUGACACAAACUUAAAUAUCUCCCCAAACUCAAAGUUUCACCAGUGUUGUCUCUACUGGCAACAACCGUCUCUCCCAUGGCUCACUCUCUUUCCUCGAGCCUCUGGAAAGGUCUCAGAGUCUGACUCGAGCAUUGUUACGAGCGUUGCAAUGAAAACCGCCUUACAAGAGGCCUGGAAAGACAGUUUAAAGUCCCUAUUCCAGUUAAUUAGGACAAAACAGUGUCCGUACUUUUACGUCUGUUCUAAUAACUUUACUGUGUUGUUUCGGGCGGCGGGAAUUAGCGGAAUGGGCGAUAUACAUGCGUUAGUUACUCCCACAACUCGGGGAUUCCGUCAGAUGCUCAGACAGGAAGAUAUUGAAUUUAAAAUGCCGCUAAAGAAGAAACGGACCUCGGAUCAGGGAUACGAAACGUUUGAUUCUGCAACCGGGGAAUCCCCCGAAGACGAGGAAUCGCCAGACGAGCAGUGGUUGCAAAGUAUGGGAAUUAACGCCGAUGACAUCAAGCAAAUUAAUUACACGCAAGCUAAGAUUGUCCACAAAGCUGAAUGCGAGGUGGACAACAGUGAGCAGAGUCUAGUCUUAAUCGAGGGAGUGGAAGUGCACGCCCUUUACAAUUUCCUGAUUAAUUGUAAAAGUGCGACAAGUCUGACCGGGCCUUUGGCGGGGAUUCCCCCCACGCUUUUGGCCCCUGUGGCGUUCAAUGGAGCGACGUUGAGGGCACUGAAAGUGCGCGAAAGCAAAGUCCACGUUGACAAUUCCUAUUAUCACUCGCUCGAAAUUUCGGGACCAAUUUUACCGAGCACAAUUCAUAAUUUAUUUUCAAUUAAUCAAAGCGACCACAGUAUGAGCGCUACGUUCGUUAAUGUGGCGUCCACACUGCCGUUUAGUAAAGUUUUAAGUAACGAAGAUCAAGACGCGAAGAGAAAUUUUAUUUUUGAUAAGGAAAAUUUGUCAGACUGUGGGUUAAGCAGAAAAAUUCUGGGGCAGUUUUGCAAAGCGGACGUUUGUGUUACAAACGUUGAGUGUCUGAAGUAUAGUGGCGACAAUAAAACUUACACCUGGACGUAAUUAUUAAUUUAUUGUACUAUUUUUAUUUAUUGAAUAAAGAAUCACUCGUAAA